AUGGCGUCGACCAACCCGAGUCCAAAAUACGUCGAUCGCAUUUCUGAUGGUACCGUUCGUGACUUAAAAGAGAAGACACGAAAUCUGCAGACGCUUGGAAAUAGAAUUGACCAAAUAAAUCUUCUGGUAGUGGCAAUUGAAAGAUACCAAAUAGAUGGUCAUUUUUAUGCAGAAUCUGGACAGAAUGAGGAGGAGUGUCUUCAAGACUAUGCCUACGAUAUCACAUUGACUGACACAACGUAUAAAAUCAAAUGCUUACUUGCAUCACAUCUCAGCGUGGAUAUACAGAAGGGACAGGUAUACGUUGGAUGCGUUAUGAGAUUACUGGACUGUUAUGUACAUUAUAAUGAGACAAGUCUUAUCGCUGAAAGUUAUCUUAUUAUUAAGGAAUGGACAUUACAUGGUGUACAUAGUGGUGAGAUGUUGAGAAUAGACACAGGAUCCAUUCCAUUUUGGCCGGGAGCAACCGAACAUGAGAAAUCUCAUCAACCGCUGGCCGUAAGCCGGGAGUAUUACCUCUCCCUGUGGAAUGAUGAAGAUCCAUACGGACCACAGUGGCACAACACAGUGAAACCGACACGAUUGUUGAAAACACCGGCCUCUGUGGUGAAAAUAGGUAAUGCAAUUGAUAGAUGGCAGCGAGGAAGACUGUACAAACCAUUUCCCAAAAUCAUUGGUCGUGUUCUGAGUAAAGCUAGGUUGCAUCAUUAUGGUAGAGUUAGUAAAUUUAGAGAAAAGUGGCCAUACCAGAUGUACCUGGAAUUAGCCGACAACACAGGCUGUGUGUCUGUUAUAUUAUGGACUAAACUUGCACCGAAAUACUUCAACAGUAUUUUCGUAGGUAACAUAUUACUGAUUGAAGACUAUGAAAUAAAAAAGAGGUACAGUCUACGAGGAAAAGCGGCAUUACACAAUCCAAACAUAAAACAACUCGAGGUAGAACUAAGUUUGAAUUCCAGUCAUCCGGGGUCUGUGAUACAAGUUUUACAUUCAUCCUCUGUUACCGCUGAUUUACCAAGAGUUACGAAUAAAUUUAUAACAAAACGACAAUUAAGUGGCAUACCAGACCAGUUAAUCUGUGACGUGUGUGGUGUUGUCACAUAUAUCAGUAGAUGGCAGAGAAUACGAAAUGUCAAAAAAGGAGCAAGUAAAGACUCAUUCUGGACCUAUAGAUGGAUUCAUAUAAUGGACCAAUCCUGCAGUCAGCCAAUGAUAUUACAGAUAUUCAGCACAGCACAGCCCUCAGUACACAGAGAAUUGGUGCCUGGUAUGGUGGCGAUAUGUACGCAGAUGAAGGUGAUGAAUCAGUGUGGUGACAACUCCAGGUCAUUACGAUUUGUGUACCUCACAACAACCAAUGAUAGUCAGGUCUAUACAAGUGAAAACUGCCAUAAUAUAUUCAAAUCCGAAUUUCACGUUGGACGCGUACAGUCCUGGAGGAACUCAGAAAUGGCCAAGAAAUUGAUGGAUACAUCCUCGAUGGGUGGUUACUAUAGUUACCCUCCCUUGCCAACAACCAUAGAUGAAUAUAAGGAUAAAUACUCUCCAUUCAGUCAGCUAUCGAUUCUUCCAGUGGAUAAAGUGCAGUCGGAAUUGGAAAACUUACACUAUAGAGAACAUAAGAGGGUUCUUGUACAGGGACACAUAGCAGCGGUUAAGAUAUCACAACUCUACCACAUGCACCAACGUAGAGAUUCACAAAGUAGCGUACCAUCAGACGCAGCAAAGCCGAAAUCUUCACCUCAAGCAGAUAACAUGAUUUCACCAGUACGCACACGGGCGAGUCAACGACAGCAACUUGUAGGAAGGUCACUGCGAUCUAGGGUGAUCAAUGUUGAGAAUACAACCACCAUUCAGGAAACUGGUCGAUCUAAUCCAAAGAGAAGAAAGAAAUAUGGCGAAAAAAAGACACCAAGUCAGAUUACAUCAGAUGAUGACGAAGAUGAACCCAUCAAUGAAAACCAGCAAAUCAAGUCUUAUAUCCUAGACUCGCAAUGGAUGGUUCUACAACAAAGAAUACCAGUAAUUGGAUUGGAUAACAUUCAUGAACAGACCCUACCAAGACAAUACUCUGAGACAAAAAAAGAGCUAUUGUUAUAUCACUUGGGUUUACUGCCAUCUGUGUUGCCAGCAAAUAUACCACCUGGAAAGUUAGCUGACGUGCCGCUGAUGUCUUCCAUUGAGGAAUUCUACAUCAUUACCAUAUUAGGAUUGAAUCGAACAUGUGCAGUUAAUGCUGCAUUUAUACCGAAACACGGUGUGGGUGAUAACAACAAUAUGUCGUUCGUGGAUCUUCUUACCUCUGGGUGUACAAACACAGAUUCUGAAGAUAAUACUACUAGUGUAUCUGCAGUUAGUGCUGGGACGAGAAAAACAUUGCAGAAAAGUUCUAAACAGAAACAAUCAAGGCAAGCACCAGAGAAAGCAACAAAAAGGCCCCAUUCAUCCUCAAGUUGUGUAAAUGAGAUACAAAAACAGUUAGACGAGGUCAAAGGUCAAAGGAUGGUUGUAGUUUUAGAUUUGUACAACUGUGGUCAUGAACAAUUAGAAGUAGUGUUAAACCGAGCAUACCUGACAACGGAAUGA